AUGACUACUAACGCCGACUACACCUUCACGCCUCAUCCCUCCCCCGAGGAGAUCCAGGAUCAGUGGAGCGUGCGGCUGCUUCACCUCAACGACGAGGGCGAUAACCACGCCAUAACCACCCGCCUGAGAUCUAUCUGGAGAGAUAACUGGUGGAAGUACCCCGACGACAUCAAGUUUUCCUUCGUCAGCGCCACCUUCAAAACUGCCAUCACCAAGAGCAACGCCAAAAGCCCCAGCGCCCACCUCCUCUACAAGGCAUCCGUUAAUUGUAGCAAGCGGGACUUUGAUUGGGGUCUGUGGCUCGUCCUACGAGUCAUCUACUACGACGUUCACCAGGACUUAACGGACUCGAAGGCCCGGCUGAAGCGCCUCAACUUUCGAGGAGGCGAUGCAUGCAAGUUGAUCAGACAACGAUACCCAGAUGUGGAUGUUCUCCGCGAAAACGUUCCUCCUACAUUCCCUCCACGACCUCCUAGCUGGACAAGCUUGGGUGACCGUGGCCCAGGUAGUUCUCUUCGACCUGAAACGGGCUCGACGGACAACCGCUCUACCGGCAAUCAGGCAUCAACUGGCGAGAGCGAUGAGAUUACAGACUCUGGAACCGAUUCCGAUGAUGAGACGAGUGUUGAUGAGAGCGAUGACUCACCCCCUCCGGACUAUGCCUCGAGAAAGGUAAAGAAAGAGGCAAAGGCGCACACUCUCACGCCUGACCGAGACGGUGGCUCGCCUUCCCGUGAGAAUCUCGUCUUGCCCCCCUCAAACCUUGAUGCUGCCGCCGGCAUCGCUCCUGAUGACAGCACUCAGCACGUCAACUCAAGCACUAGCGAUUCCAGUCCGACUUCGAAUGAUGACACGAACAAGGUGGCUUCAGAGCAGGGCCCAGUCGGCGAGAGUGACCAUCACCGCGAGAAGGCAACCGACGCAUCUAUCGAAAGCAACGGGCGCUCAGAUGAGUCAAUUGGCGCUCCCAAGAGCCUUCCAAAACGGAGCAAGUCCGACGAGGAGGAGGAAGACUCUUCAUGCGGUGAACACACUCAGAAGCGACGGUGUACCUCGAGUGAUCAAAGCCACCCAACCGAGUCUGAAGCGAUGCCAAACAGUGACCUUCAAAAGGCCACAUUCGGCGAGGACCUAGAUCGCAUCCACGAGCUAUGGAAGAAGACUUUCAACGAGAAGGUGGCCGAGAUUGUCAGCCAACAAGUCGCCCAGCGAACCGAGGGCCUACAGCCACGGAUCAAAGAUGAGAUGACCCAAUUUCUCUCCGAGGAGAUUUUCGGAAGCACCGAAAACUCUGGGCUCAGCAAUAUUGCCCAGCGAGUCAUCGACACCCUGGCUGAACAGAUGGCCUCCAAGAUGGCCCAACAGGUCAUCCAGCAGAUUACCCAGCAGCUCACCAGGGAGUUGGCCUCUGAGCUGCAGCCAGAGGCCGACCAGCAACUGGCCAAUUGCUUGACUCAAAUCAUGAUGGACAAGCUGUUUGGCUCAACUGGCAUCCCUGGGCUUUAG